AUGAAUCUCAGCAUCCUCACCUUCGUUUGCUUGCUGCUUGCAUCACCAAGAUUCUGUCUCGGUCUCAACGAGGGCGAUGCAACUCAAAUAUUCCCUGUAGAUAGGGUUGCGCCCUUCAAAUUUACAAUCAUCGGCGGCGUUUUCCUCCAAGACGACCCAGCAACAAACGACACCUCUUUUGAGUAUACGCGGACGAACUUGGGCCUCAUUGACCGUCCAUACCCAACUGAUCCGGAGUUCGACCCGGAACAUAAAAAGACGCAGUGGCAGCGCUUCGAACACUACGUGCAUACACUGAACGAUGGCAGCCCACGGGACGUAGCGUAUAAGGUCUUCUUUAUCGGAAGGCACGGGCAAGGCGUGCACAACAUUGCUGAAAGCUAUUACGGCACCCCAGAGUGGGAUCGCCACUGGUCCAAGCUGGACGGCAUCCCCGAAGUGACCUGGGCCGACCCCGAGCUCACCGAACUCGGCAUCCUGCAAGCAGUCGGCGCACGCAACUUCUGGGCCUCCGCGCUCACGAACGCCAGCAUACCGGCCCCAGGCGCCUACUUCGUCUCGCCGCUAAUCCGCUGCCUCGAGACCGCGCGCCUCACCUUCGGCGCGCUCGACCUGCCCCGGGACCGGCCAUUCAAGCCCGUAGUGAAAGAGUUGCUACGCGAAGUCCUCGGCGUCCACACAUGCGACCGGCGAUCCUCGCUCUCCACGAUUUUAGAAAGAUAUCCAGACUACACCGCCGAAAAAGGCUUCACGGAGGAAGACGAGCUAUGGCGCCCCGAUGUACGAGAGACGGACGAGGAGAUGACGGCACGGUUGACGAAGUUUCUGAACGAUGUGUUUUGUAAGGAGAGGGCGAUAUUUGUUAGCUUGACGGGGCAUGGGGGCAGCACAGCGGCGAUCCUGAGAGCGGUCGGGCAUCGCGUAUUUAGGUUGCAGACGGGGGCCGUGUUGCCCGUUCUGGUGGAGGCGGAGAGUGUGGGGGGUUUCGCGGCGAGGGGGAAGGAGGGGCCAGAGUUUUUUGAGGGGUGGCCGGUUGUGAAGGCUUGGUCGCCUUGA